AUUUCCUUGUCUUUCUAUCAAAACAUAUAUGGUUGGGAAGGCUACAUCUCAAGCAGGAGUAUUUACUGGAUUGAAUCCAGCCUCUUUUAAUUCGUCAGAUCCUAUUGUGCUGUUUAUCAUUCAAGCAACCAUUAUUCUAAUAUUCUGUCGACUAAUUUCUAUACCACUUGGUUAUUUAAGACAACCAAGAGUUAUUUCAGAAGUCAUUGCCGGGAUUAUUCUUGGACCAACUGUCAUGGGAAGAAUACCACACUUUCAAGAGAUUAUAUUUCCCUCAGCAUCAUUACCCUUCUUAAACCUUAUCGCUACUCUCGGUCUCGUGUUUUUCUUGUUUCAAGUUGGCCUAGAAGUCGACCUUCGUGUUAUCAAAAGAGACUGGCACAAGAGCGUAUCCAUUGCAGUCGUCAGCAUGGCCUUACCUUUUGGUCUUGGUUGUGCUGUCAGUGUAGGCCUAUACAAGUUACAGAAUGAGCCAAGCAUUCCCUUCGGCAGUUUUUUACUCUUUCUGGGCGUGGCGCUCUCCAUCACUGCCUUUCCUGUUUUGGCUCGUAUCUUGGCCGAACUCAAAUUACUUCGAACCAAGGUCGGAGCGAUCACGAUGGCCGCUGGACUCAUCAAUGAUUGUACUGCAUGGGUCUUACUAGCCCUCGUCGUUGCCUUGCUAAACUCAAGCGGUGGACUGGAGGCACUCUAUAUCUUCUUGACAGCUGUUGGCUUCUCAUUAUUUCUCAUCUUCUUGAUAGGGCCCUUGUAUCGUAAACUGUGUGUUGCGACUCAUUCAUUUGAGCAAGGGCCAUCACCUCUGCUGAUGACUGUAACCCUUCUCAUUGUGCUAGUCUCCGCUUUUGUCACAGACAUCAUUGGUAUUCAUCCUAUCUUUGGCGGCUUUUUAGCUGGUGUGAUUAUUCCUCACGAACACGAUUUGCCCAUCAAGAUUACAGAAAAGAUUGAGGAUAUUGUCAACAUCAUCUUUCUUCCUUUGUACUUUACACUGUCAGGUUUAAAAACACAAAUUGGCCUACUAAACACAGGCGCUGUAUGGGGCUAUGUCGUCUUGGUUAUUUUCCUUGCAUGCUUUGGUAAAAUCGUUGGAUGCACUCUAACCGCAAAAUUAUGUGGAAUGACUCAUCGGGAAUCCUUAACCAUUGGCUUUUUGAUGAAUUGUAAAGGGCUUGUAGAACUUAUCGUCUUGAAUAUUGGACACGAUGCAGGUGUACUCAAUGAUCAAGUUUUUGUCAUUAUGGUCGUCAUGGCAUUAAUCACUACUUUCAUGACAACUCCUGUUGUUAUAUACCUUUAUCCCGAAUGGUAUCAAAAGCAGACAAAUGCUACCAUAGAUGGUAAUGAAAAGGUUACCCCACUGGAUACAAUGGAUGAUGAGAAGAACAGUAGUUAUAUAUCAACGUUGACGGACAGGUACUGUAUCGUAACCAUGUUGAAUCGCAUCGAAGCUGUACCUUCAAUGAUGGCGCUGAUGCAACUAUUUAAUCGUGAUAAAGCCAUGAGCGCAGUCGAGAUACAUACCUUACGACUCUUGGAACUAACACAGCGAACCUCGGACGUCAUGAAAUUUAAAGAGAUUGGAGAGACAGCAAGACAGGAUCCGGUGUUGAACGUGUUAAAGACCUUUGCAAGCUUGGUUGGACUAAGAUCUCUGCAUACCCAUCUCGAUUUUGCUCAAGAUUAUAUAAAGAGUAUCUAUGCCUAUGCAGCUGAUGUUGAUGCAGACAUUGUCUUGUUACCUUGGGCACAACAACGUUUGUUAUUGCAUCAUGAAGAGUAUACCGCAGCAGAUUUGGAGUUCAUUAGCCAAGCAUUAAAUACGAUAAGCCAGCAGUGUACGACGGGAGUAUUUGUCGAUAAAGGAUUUGGCCUGAUACAGGAAGAUGACGAUAGACUCAUGCCACAGAUUAUUGUUAUCUACGAGAUGAAUGAUGAGCAAGAGAAAGAGGAUAGUAAUAACUGCUUAGAGUUUGCUCUAAAGAUUCAAUCAUCUCACAAGGCAAAAUUAACCGUGAUUGGGACAUUCAUGAAGGACGGAGUGUAUGCGACGAGAGAAAGCAUAAAAAGCUAUAAAGGAGAAAUCGACAAGUUGUUUACGAGCGAAAUAAAAUCAAAUAUAGAGAGCAAGCACGUAAAAGAGUUGACAGUUAACAACAUUCUGACAGCUGUAGAUCGUCCAUUAAAUAAGCAUGACUUGAUUUUAAUCGCUCGUCACUCUAAACAAACACCAUCCUCACCUUUAUCAGCGUCAUCAUCACAAGGUCAUGGUUUAGAGGUAUCAACCUUUGGAAAGUUGGGAGUAGAUUUACUGCGCCAAGGAAAUGCAAGUCUUAUCAUCACCCAAGCAAGAGAGUAAUCAUGCUUGCAUGUCUUUUAAUAUGUAAACAUUAAUAAAUAGUUUAUCAAAUGAUUAUAUUUAUGCAGAUGUCAAAGAGAGGCUCCUUUAAGUGAUAUCCGUGUGACUUUGUUCUACCAUAUCAA